AUGGUAGAGUCUAUGGUUCCUUACUUGCUGCCAUCCUACACAUCCACAGAAGCAGCCAUCCUACAGCCCCACACAAGCUGCCAUCCUACAGCCCCACACAAGCUGCCAUCCUACAGCCCCACACAAGCUGCCAUCCUACAGCCCCACACAAGCUGCCAUCCUACAGCCCCAUACAAGCUGCCAUCGUACAGCCCCACACAAGCUGCCAUCCUACAGCCCCACACAAGCUGCCAUCCUACAGCCCCAUACAAGCUGCCAUCCUACAGCCCCACACAAGCUGCCAUCCUACAGCCCCACACAAGCUGCCAUCAUACAGCCCCACACAAGCCGCCAUCCUACAGCCCCACACAAGCUGCCAUCCUACAGCCCCACACAAGCCGCCAUCCUACAGCCCCACACAAGCCGCCAUCCUACAGCCCCACACAAGGUGCCAUCCUACAGCCUCGCACAAGCCGCCAAGGAUUCCACCAGAGUUGCCAUCCCAAGUUUGCAUGCAUCAUUUUUAAGGACACCGACCUGUUUAAUUUAACUGACGAGCCAAAAGUGUGCAACCUGCAAACAGUGCAGAAAGUUGCACCUCAGAGCGUAGUUCGCUCUCCCUAA